UUCUUCCUCUGGCGACUCAUCACAAACUGAGUUGCCGGCUUUCAAAACUGCCCCUGGGUAAUAGCAAUUGAUUUUACCCUGUAAUUCUUCAUACCCUUAUAUUUAUACUAACUUGUCACAAUCCGCGUAUUGGACAAGCAAAACCCAACAAGAAGGCGAAGGUGAAUAAAUCAACUGAAGCGCCGAAAACUGCUGAGCUGGAGCCACAAGUCUCCGUUCCUGAAGCUUCUGAUAAACAGCCGGAAGAACCUGUUACUGUCACUCCGCUUGUGAUUCCGGAUCUCAGUGUUGAUGGUACUGCUAUUAAUCCUUCAACUCCUGCCCCCUCAUGUUCACCUAAGCCGUCAGAGACUCAUAAUGAUGACGUGUUGAUUACUGGCACCAGCUUUGUUGAACCGAGAAAUCCAAUAGCUUUGGCCAAACAUACUGCCAAGCAAGAGGUUAUUGAGAGGCGGAAACUGAAGUUUGACAUCUCCCAUUAUGCCCAACUAAACAUCAAUGAGAUCCUCCGGCUACCUCAGCCAGGUUCACUCCAGCCGUGACCUUUAAAUUGAUAUGGUGGAAUAGAUGCACCAAAAAUAUGAGGCUUCCACUGCUGAACUGGAGUCCCAAUUGAAUGAUGCCAAGACCCGGCUGGUGACUCAGGAAACUAAGACCCGGAAGGCUGAGUCAAAAUUCCAGUUUAGCAUGGCUGAGUCGGAAAAACUGAAGACCAGCUUUGAAGAAGAGAAAAAGACUUGGGCGGGUGAAAAGACGGCUUUAACCCAACGUGCCGAGAAGGCAGAAACAACGCUUCAAGAGGUGGCCACUGAGCUCACCGGUUUAAAACAUCAUGUAACUCAGAUGGUUUCAGCUAUCUUUGGUCCCAGGAGCAGCAAUCUCAAUCAAGACAUGCUUGUGAAGCUUAAAGCUGUCUAUACACUUGUCGAGCAGCUGUACACCGGGACUCAAUGUGCAUUAGCUGCCAUUUCGCCAACAGGUCAAGCACCAACUAUGUUGAUAGAUGUGUUGAAGAAACUCUCUGUGUUGCCUGUGAGAUUUGAUGAGAUAAUGCGAUCAUCUGCAAGAGCCGGCGCCGUGACGGCUUUGAGCCGGGCCAAGGCAUGGGUACCAGAGCUUGACCCGUUUGAGGUAGCCACUGGUUACCCAAGCUUGAAAGAAGAUGGUACACCUUUCGAUCAGAAAGACUUCUCAGCCUGCGUAAAGGAAAUUCGUCCAAUGGCCACUCUGAUUGGCAAUGAUUCGGACCUCUCCAAGUACCAUCCGGCUUAUAACCAGGAUAAUAAGAAGAUGCCAACCCCGGCUUACAAAGUGAUGGACUUAAUCCCGCCAAUCCGUAAGCACACCUUUGCUCCUGAAGUCGAUCCGUCUGAGCUUAUAGAUGAUGAGGCUGAAUUUGAAGCUUUAUCUGGCAUCGAUUGGUCAUCACCAACUUUUCAGACAGCGGAAGAAGAUGAAGAGCCGGCAAAGGAUGAUGCAGAAGACUCCGAGUGGCAAGGACAAGAAGAUUGAACCGCCGGGAAGUUCUAAACACUUUGAUCUUAUUUGGCCCAUGGAGGCAUGUAAUAGGGUAGUAAAACUUUGAGUCUACCGCGCCAUCGUGCGCGUUCUGCUUUGCAUGAAACUGU